AUGGUCAAGCUCCGCACUCUAGGAAAUAUUCAUUUAAUUGGUGAGCUUCUGAAGCAAAAAAUGGUGUCUGAGAAGAUAGUCCAUCACAUUGUGCAGGAACUUUUGGGCCCUGACAAUAGAGCAUGUCCUGUAGAGGAGAAUGUUGAGGCUAUUUGUCAGUUCUUCAACACUAUUGGUAAGCGGCGUGAUGGUAAGCAGCUUGAUGAGAGCCCCAAAUCACGCCGCAUAAAUGAUACGUACUUCAACAGAUUGAAGGAUUUGACAACAAAUCCUCAGCUUGCUCUAAGAUUGAGAUUUAUGGUUCGUAAUGUUCUAGAUAUUCGAGCAAAUAAAUGGGUUCCCAGACGAGAGGAGGUGAAAGCCAAAACAAUUAAUGAAAUCCAUUCUGAGGCUAAAAUGAAUCUUGGUCUGCGUCCAGGUGCUACUGCAAGUAUUAGAAAUUGUCGCGUUGUUUCUACUGGUUCUACAAGUCCUGGUCCUGGUUUUCCUAUCACAUGCCCUGGUGCUGGAGGUCUGAUGCCCGGAAAGCCAGGAACUCGUAGAAUGCUUGGGAUGCCUGGAAUGAACAAUGAUAAUUGGGAAGUUCCUAGGAACCGGUCAAUGCCAAGGGGUGAUGCACAGGGUACACUUCCUGGAGGGCAUGGGUAG